AUGGAAGCUCCUUUGUGCUCUUGUGGUAGGGGUCGUAUGAUCCUUUUAAUGACAAGAACUGAAAAAAACUACGAAAAAUAUUUUUUUGUUGUCCAGCUCGUCAACAACACCACCGGUGUUUCAUUUGGGCGGACGAUGUUCACCGUCAAUAUUCUUCACAAGCAA